AUGACCUCACAACCACUACGGACGAUUCUGCAUAGCCCUAGUCAAUCCGGACGAUUAGCAAAAUGGGCUAUAGAGCUCAGCGAGUACGACAUCGAGUACAGACCCCGAGCAGCAGCAAAAGCUCAGGUCCUCGCCGAUUUCGUUAUUGAGCUAGCAUCCGAACAUCUAGACCAGGAAACAGAGGUUCCGAAAUGGAGCCUAUACGUGGACGGAGCCUCGUCAAGGCAAGGCUCCGGUGUCGGUUUAAGACUAACCUCCUCAGCCGGAGAAACCAUCGAACAAUCCUAUAGACUUGGAUUUAACGCUUCCAACAACGAGGCCGAGUACGAAGCACUAAUCGCUGGAUUAAAGCUCGCCCUGAGCCUCGGAAUUCGGGAGCUAAACGCCUACAGCGACUCGCAGCUGGUAGCUAGCCAGUUUCACGGGGAAUACGAAACAAGGGAAGAAAGAAUGGGGGCAUACCUCGAGGUCGUCCUAAACCUCACAAAGCAGUUUGACAAGUUCGAGCUAACGAGGAUCCCACGAGGGGAGAACUCCUCAGCAGACGCGCUCGCCGCAUUAGCUUCCACAUCUGACCCUCUCGUAAAACGAAUUAUACCCGUGGAAGGAAUCGAGAAGCCAAGUAUCGACAUGGCUACCAAGGCUGAGAUGGAUAGCAAACCAAAGGAAAAAAUAGAGGAUAACAGCCUCCCGACGGUAGCUACCCAAGUUUUCACGACAUUCUGGUUCCCGAAAACUAGAACACGCAGCUUUAGAAAGCACACCUCCAGGAAAGCAACCCAGAACCCGGAAAACAACGACAAAAGUGAAGGUACUCCCCGAAGUUCAGACUCCCUAGAGCCUAACUCUACGAGUACCUCCGGGGGCACCAUCCAGACCUCGGAGCCACUUGUCUAUAAAGUCCAAACAAGAAGCCGCACCGCUCUUAAAAACGCAUCUAGGAACGCUACACAAUCCACAGGGGAUAACGAGGAAAUUGGAGAUAUUCCUCAGAACCCAGAACCUACUCCAACGAAUAUCUCCGGGGGCACCACGGCACCAGGUCCCGAACAGGAAUCUCCCUCCUCUCUUCACAACAAAGUUGUAGGGAGAGAAGACUGGAGAAUACCGAUCAUGGAUUACAUCCUAGAGGGAAAAAUUCCACCCAACAAGUGGGAGGCUCGAAAACUCAAAGCUUUAGCAGCAAGAUACUGUAUAAUCGAGUCAGCCCUCCACAAACGAAGUGUCUCCGGACCUUACCUAAAAUGCGUUCACGGCCUAGUAGCUAUGAAACUCAUGAAGGAAAUGCACGACGGUUCCUGUGGAAACCAUUCCGGAGGCAGAGCCUUAGCCAUCCGAAUAAAAAGACAAGGCUACUUCUGGCCUACCAUUAUCGCAGAUUGUGAGGUCUACUCCUCAUCGUGCGACAAAUGCCAAAGGCAUGCACCGAUCAUACACCAACCAGCGGAAAAGCUGUCUAACAUAUCAGCUCCCUACCCAUUCAUGAGGUGGUCUAUGGACAUUAUAGGUCCAUUAGUACCUUCAGGGAAAGAAAAGAAGUUACUAAACCUCCUGGUCCUAACCGACUACUUCACGAAAUGGAUUGAAGCUGAAGCUUUCCAACAAAUAAACAGAUUCGAGGUCGAAGGAUUUGUUUGGAAAAACAUCGUAUGCAGGCAUGGCGUCCCAUACGAAAUCGUAACCGACAAUGGAGGACAGUUCAUAUCGCACGACUUCAAAAGUUUCUGCGAUAAAUGGAACAUCCGCCUCACCUUCUCAUCACCUCGGCGACCUCAAGGGAACGGACAGGCGGAGGCUGCCAACAAAUCAGUUUUAGCAAACCUCAAGAAACGCCUAGGAGCCCAAAAGGAGCUUUGGUCGGAAAAACUACCCGAAGUACUAUGGGCCUGCCGAACCACCCCAUGA